GGUCCACAAACAAAUGGUCAUUUUACGCGUGCUAAUCCCAACUUUGUUAUUUACAGCUGUUAACAUCGCAAUGAGUGAGGGAACGUAUUCGGAAGCAAAGUGUCGCGAAUUAUUGCGAGAUUGUGAUGAAAGAACAUGUCCAUUAGAAGCACUGCUUCUAUGUUCACCAGAUUCGAUACGAUUUGCAGAAAAGCGAGCAACGCGAAGAAGCAUACGUCAGAUUCUAGUGGACAGCUACCUGAACCGCUUAUGAUAGAAGUGUCUUGUCAAUGGUUUCCUCUCCUUUUCUCAACAAGUUAAGGAUAACAACAAAUUGCCAACAUUCCAUAUAUAUCCGAGUCUCAUGGUUUUUUU